CACCAAGAAGGGCCCCCAUUAGCAAUGCAUGACUGUGCAACUUCCACUUUCCUUACUGAUCUUUGUUGGCUCGCUCGUAAAAGAUCUGGUUAGGAAAGACUAUACGACCUUGGAAAAUUGUCCGUUGUUACACUUGUUUCGAGGCUUUUACUUUACUAUUUUAUUUUAUUUGUUUCUUUUUCUCUCCUUUCCAAACCUGCUACAAGGUGAGGAAUUGAGGAUGUCAUUGAGCUGCAGCAUUGUUUCUUUUUCAGCACCCCAGAGCACAGUUAAAAGAAAAUGAAGAAGGGUGUAAAAAGGAAGGGAAAAAAAACGUGUGUGAAAGAUCUACAUUCUACAUGAUGUUGCUAUUUGUUAUCAAGUUCCUUUAGAAUCUAACCAGUACGUGAAGUGUAAGGCUCAUUCAUCAAUACAGUUGAAAAACCGCCCCCUUCUUUGGAGAAUGCAGCUUCAACCUUAGCGACAUGCUGCUAAUGCAAUAUCUGGAACCACAUGGCCGAUGAUGGUGGACAAACCCGGGGGCUGUUGGUUCAGCACAGCCUGAUCUUGCUCAUUUUCCUUGGUUGUCAAUCCCCUCCCCCCCUCUCGGUCUUUUCGGUCAUCGGAGGGUCCGCUUCAACAGCCUCACAACCUGGGAUUCCAUCAGCCCGCCAACCAAUUUGCGAUGCAGCCCUGCACAUCCGCGUAUCCAUUCGGGAAAAGUUCCCUACCAACACAUGGUCAAGCC